GCCUGAUGACGGCCAUUGUUGACAUGUACCCAAAAAUUCUCCAGAAGAAAGGGCGCCGGGAGCUGCUGAUCCUGGCCAUUGCAGUCAUAUGCUACCUGCUUGGGCUGAUGCUAGUCACUGAGGGUGGAAUGUACGUCUUCCAGCUGUUUGAUUAUUAUGCUGCCAGCGGUACAUGCCGACUGUUCCUGGCCAUUUUUGAAAUCAUCUGUGUUGGCUGGGUGUAUGGCGACCUUCCUAUUUUCACUGAUCAAGUACACCCCCCUCAAAUACAACAACUGGUACGUGUACCCUCCGUGGGGUACGCUCUGGGCUGGUUGAUGGCUCUCUCUUCCAUGAUCUGCAUUCCACUCUACGUCAUUUGCAUCCUGCUGAAAACCAGGGGAUCACUAAAGAAGAGGCUAAAGCAACUCACUUCCCUAGCAGAGGACUUGCCUCAGCCAAAGAAGCACGGGGCUAGAGUGUCUGAACCAUUGGAGAGCCCCAAAGCAGAAUACAGGAUCUCAUCCCCAUCAGCUACGGAAGUGCUCAUAACCACAGAGAAGGAAACCGACUUGUAAAGCAUAUGGGAAAGGAUUUCGCCUUUGCAUUCUGGUCAUAGGCGUGUGCAGCACAUUUCAUUAGGGUGUGCACCCAGGGAGCCCCGCCCAAGCAGGGCCGCCCAGAGAAUUCAGGGGGC